CAGGCCAACAUGGCAAGGUGUUUGCAUCUCGGCUCCUUCCUUUUCACUAAGCUGGUCGAUACACCCUAUAUCUCAAUGGGAGUCAAAACUUACCUCAUUAAAACCUGGACCCCACACAGCCAAGGCAAAGCAAUCAGCAUCCACUCGGCCAUACACUCAGACUCUCAAAAUAACAGCUUGUCGGAGGAAAAAGUCACAAUACACUUUAUUAACCAAGAUGGCAUCAAAACCACCACUGCUGUCACUGAAGGACAGACCCUGUUAGAUGUUGUCGUAAACAAAAACUUGGACAUGAGUGGUUUUGGUGCAUGUGAGGGGACAUUAGCAUGCUCCACCUGUCAUCUCAUUUUUGACAAGAAAUUUUAUGAAAAGAUGGAAACAAUGGUGGAUGAGGAGAUGGAUAUGCUAGAUCUAGCUUACGGGCUUACCAAGACGUCCCGUCUUGGUUGCCAGGUGACAGUGCAGAAGUGGAUGGAUGGUAUGACUGUCCAAGUGCCCCAAGAGGUGAGGGACGCUGUGGGAUCUAAAGGCAGCCAGUGAUCCUUCAUGCAACCUGCUGCACCUCUCACCUACUGUACCAAGUCUAAUCAUCAUCAUAACCAUCAUCAAACAUCUCCAGGAACAUAUCACUCAGGACCACUCUGACAUGUAUUUACCCUUUGCCCUACCAAUCAAUUAGCUUCUGCUGUAGAAUCGGUUGUAGCAAUUAAAUAUUACCGGUACAUAGCAUAAUAAAUUGCCUGAAGUGGCAUGCAUUAAGAAGACAUUCCUGUAAUUAUAAAUAGCAAGUUAUUAGGUGUUACAAACAUUGCCUGUAGCUCUAUGACAUGUCACCUAGCUGGCUUUAUAAAAGGAAACCUUUAGAAAUAUGGAAGCACAUUAAAGUGGACCAGCUUUAUUCAGCAGAGCUCUGCAAAGUGUCUUCAGAAAGUAGUCACACCCAUUGACUUUUUCAAAAAAUGUGUUGUGUUACAGCCUGAAUUUUAA